AUGAUACAGUUACCAUCUCUUUACUUCCAUCUUUUUUUAAUCUCAGAAUCUUGUCCAGGGAGCUGGGUCAUCUCAUCAGGACUUCCUGAUUCCGCCCCCCACCCCUCUCCCCCACCUUACAACACCGUUUUGCAACCUCCCCCUCCCCCUCCUCAGGAUGCCCCCGUCCCGGGAUACAGUGAUUCCUUUGCUACGGUUGUGCAUUCGGGAACAGCCACUUUGCCCCGGCUUGGAGGGGCUGCUACUCUCCCCAGGCCACCCCCCACGUCAGCCACCCUCCCACGCCCACCCCGCCACCAUUCUGCCACCCUACCGCGCCUCCCCCCUGACCCCUACAUGCAGGAAACUCAGUUCAACGGAGCUGCCCAGGGCUAUGUAGUGCAGACACAUCCGCCUGUCGGGACCCUUCCCAUCGGAGGAUACAUGCACCCAGGGUAUCCAGUUCAACUACAGCCUUGCACGGCAUAUGUGCCAGUCUACCCUGUAGGAGCGCCUUACCCUCAGGGCAACCCACCUCCACCACCAGCUCUCUCCCCGACACAGAUGACGCCUGGCAUCGCCAUCUUGGAACCCCGGCGCCCACCGCACGAUUACCUUCCCAUCGCCGUCCUCACCACCAUCUGCUGCUUCUGGCCCACAGGCAUCAUUGCUAUCAUCAAGGCUGUGCAGGUGCGGACUGCAGUUGCCCGCGGCGACAUCGUAUCUGCCGAAAUUGCCUCCCGGGAGGCCCGCAACUUCUCCUUCAUCAGCCUGGCGGUGGGCAUCGCCGCCAUGGUCCUGUGCACCAUCCUUACCGUGGUGAUCAUCAUCGCCGCUCAGCAUCAUGACAACGACUGGGACCCCUAGCGACUAAGCGCCUCUCUUCGGCCUACUCCUGCACCCUGGCAACUGGUCACAACCGCCCUGGCAAUAGCCACUCCCAACCACACACACACCCAGGGGAUGGUCCUUGGCAACUACCUCCCCUCCUUCUCCCCUGUCUUCUCCCUUGCCGACGACACUCGGAAUGCUUGGCAACCCUUCUCCGCCCACUCCCAUCGUCCUUGGCUGUUGUUGGCCUUGCUAGCCGUACCGACUCAGCAAAAUGACUUCCAGGUGACGCCAUUCAGACGUGCUCCAUAAGCUAAGGCUCCUAGCGAAAUUGCUUGUCCUCCGCCCGUUCCUUUCCCAGAAUACGUUGCUUGCUUCCUUCCUUCCUGAGGAGUAGGCUUCGCCUUCUGUGACCAAGAAAUAACCAUCUUCCUCCCGCUGUGUUUGCAUGCCUAGUGCUGCCCUUGUGUGGACCGGGACGCCAGUGCAGUCCUGGUUAAAGCCCUGUCUCUUGUGCCCCCAUCGUUCUUUCCAUCGGCUACUUCCCUCCCUCCAUUUUUUGCAAUAGCUAGAGGCACCCAGUAUUUGGAGAGCCCGAUUGGCUGUCUUUAUCCCGUUUUAUCUGAGGUGAGAAAGGAAACUGUUUCUUUCAAGCCAAGGGAAACAAACCACCAUCUGUAAUUAGGGAGGGCAUAUAUUUUCAUACGCUGUUUAGAGAUGUUGCAUGCAAGCUAUAAUCCACAGCCUGUUGUUUUUUUUUUAAGUUCUAUUUUUCAGGGCUUAAGCAUCAUUCUUUUUAUACCUUUCAUUUUGCACCGCCAUUCUAACAUUUCUUCCUUGGAGAAGACUGUGAACGUUAUUAUUUUUUUUAAAAAAAAAAACCUCUGUACUUGUUUGAUUUCUUCCCAUCUGGCUCCAAGCUCUUCAAUCCAUGUUUUGACAUUAUCUUAAUAUCUUCUUAACAAGAGGGGCUUAGAGAAUUUUGUUGCCUUUCGGUGACUUCUACUCAAUGAGCCAACUCUUUGGCUACUGGCUGAUAUCCAGGGUCAAUGAGGCAAGGCAUAUUACAGUAAACUUCCAACCAUGAAAGAAAGCAAGUUGGGUCAAAGGGCGUAAGAAGAACUGCUAGGCAAUUCCUGGAUAGUAUCAAUGCUUCGAUAGCAGCCAGCAUAAUAGUGUCAGAAAACAUAGCAAGAUCUAGCCAAUUGAGAAGACAGAAGGGGUGAGGAGAUGAAAAGUAACAGGAGGAGGAACGAUGGAACAAAAAGAUCCAAGUGUCCGUCAAUGGGGGAGGGGUCCAAUUCCAGGACCAGGUAAGGUCCAACCUAG